CAGAACCUUAAAAUCAUACGGUUCUUUCAUUUCUUUUCUGAAAUUAGAUACUUUUGCAUUAGCGUUAUGUUAUAGUAGUGUCUGAUGUGCUUUGGCAUUCAACCAAGACUUUUCGAUGAAUUUCAAAUUUUCUUACUAAUUCGAAGAACUUCAAAGAUAUAGGGGUGUGACAUCAUACAGUUUUGUAGACCCGAUUAUACCCUGGGUACUAGAGGUACACAAUUUUGAGCGAGGAAAUAGAAUAUAGGGGCGGAGAAAUGGAGGAGGAAUUUUCCGUCUUCUGAUGGACGCUACUCUUCUCUUCCGCUCCAAGCUUAUGAAAAACCCGACUAACAUUUUAUGGAUUAAAUAACUCUUAAAGCACUCUUUUGAGCAAUAUGAAGUUCUUUAAAUUGAUUUCGCACUUGCAUUUUGCUUUAUUUGCUCUAUUAGGAGAACAGUAUGUAGCCCUUGGCUUUAACUACACUACAUCAAAUGCUCUUUGCAGACAGCGAACAAAAAUUUAAAUGCUAUAUACGCCUUUUUUGUUAAGUUCAGCAUCAGGAGGAAGAAAACUAUUUGGUGACAUAAGUACUGAAUGGCUACGGUUGCCGUGAUUUCUGUAAGCUCUGUUCUGUUUUUCAUUUUAAAUCGGACCUUAUAUCAAGCAGCUGCUAUUUUCAGCUAUAAAUUGUUGCAUUUACAAAGAUGUGUAUGUGUACCUGUUCCAGGAAUAUUAAUAUGGACUAAUCAGAACAAGGUGUAACGUAGGGAACUGACAGUGCGCAUUUGAUGUCAUGCUAGAUGACCCAUCUGUAGAAUCAUCGUGUUUUCUAAUGGUGUCAUUAGGCAAUGCUAAUUAAUGACGUAUUGCUUGCGCUGAUCAUAUGAUGACAUGUCAUCUUAUCAAUGAAUUCGAAAACAGUGAGAACUGGAAUAUGCGCUAAGGACACGUCUGUUUCUGUGUUUGUAUCUGCCCGGUCAUAACAAAGGAGGGGAAAGCACUGACCCAAGCUGUCUUUUCAAAUAGAGAAUCUCUGGUACAUAGGGUACCUGGAAUGUGCCUGUUUCUCAGAAUUGGAUUCAUAUGGACUUAAAAGAACAAGGAGGGGGAGCACUGACCCAGGUGUCUUUUCUAAUAAAGAAUGUCUGGUACAUAGGGUGCCUGGAAUGUGCCUCUUUCUCAGAAUUGGAUUCAUAUGGACUUAAAAGAACAAGGAGGGGGAGCACUGACCCAGCUUUCUUUUCUAAUAGAGAAUGUCUGGUACCGAGAGUACCUAGAAUGUGCCUCUUUCAAAGAAUCGGAUUCGUUCACGUCCAUUGGAAACAGAUCUGAUCUUUUUAGCGCCAUUUUAGAUUAGAUGGUUGAAUGGUCGUACAAAAAUCGUACCCAUUACCCGACUGCAAACUUGCAAAGCAAAGCGACCCUUUGUUCAACCAGUCUGUAAAUUGUUUCUAAGUAAACACCAUUGACUGUCGCAUUAGCGUGUGAACCGGUCGAAGACAUAGGUAUUCCCUUUAUCUGAGUAAACAAAUAACGUCUGAAUAAGUAAGCUUAAUCUUUUAUUUAUCAUUAAGUAAUCUUUCAAGUCCUUUUAUCAAAGAAAUCUCUAAUUAUAUUCUCUUGGAUAAAAGCAGACUACUUGGAGUAAAACCAGGGUCUUAGACUAUGGAAAUGUGAAUUCGCAAACAAUGAGUAGAGAUAGAGGUUUUGAUAGGAUGGAAAUUGUUUGCAAUGUCCAAGGCAGUAGCGAAGUACUGACUAUUAAAUAAAGUUCAUUGAGGCUGUGGAACCUCGAAACACUGGAACCUCGAUAGAAGCGUGAGGCAAUAUUUGCCUAACUGGUAUUAAUAAACAACAGAGAGCCAAACAGAGAGGGAAAGAGAAGUAGUCAUGAGAAGGUGCGACGGUCAUCAUUAAAGUCAGUCAACCUCCUGAUUUCCCUAGAGUCGAGAACUUUUCGGCAUUGAGAAGGUAAUUUAGAAGGUUCAUCUAAAUUUUCGCGUUGUUUGUAAUUUCCUUAAGUGAGAUGAGAUGUUAGCCUUCAUUACGAUCAAGAAUGCCAAAUUGGUCUCAUCAAUGAUGCGGUUUCAUGAGCAAAUUGAAAGGAAGAUGCAAGGCGCUUUUCAUGAAGUUAUUCAGUGGUGAAUGAUGCAAAAGUACCAAAAGUGUCAACUAUCCCACUGAUCUCUCUUUUUUAUUACGGAAAUAAAAUCACUUCAAUGAAUCACCAAACCAAACAUAAACAUCACUACCAACCAGUAAAUUGGCCAGAGUUGACGAUCGUGUAACAUUUGUGGCUUUUGUUUAUGUUCAGCCUGUAUUGCAUUUGAUAAGUGCUUAUUGUAAACACGCAAGCAUGACCUCUGAGCUACAAUCACUGCCAAGAUUACUUGGAACACCUAACACUUUGCGCUGUGCUUUUCUAUUUUUCAUUUGUUUUCUUGAAUACUACCACUUCCAGCCCCCUUUCCCCCCAAAACAAUGUUGAAAGUAUAGAAAAAUAUCAAACAAUCCACAAAAAAGCGUACUCCAUAACCACUUUCCUUUUUCUAUAGUAAAUCAACGUUGUUUCUAGGGGGAGAGGGGGAUGGCUGAAUUUUCCUUUCAAAACCUACGUUAGUGUUCCAAGACUUUUGGCAGUGAUUGUAUGUCUGCUUUCAGAAUGUGAUGAUAUCGUGGCAAAUCAUGCAUCUGUGAGGUUUCUUUCACUUCAAAUAUAUGCCAAAAGCAAGUGCUUACAUAGAUCAUUAAUCGAAUUACUCUGCAUGUCGACCUAAUAGAUUUGUCCAUGCCUGAUUCAGUCAAUGACGUACAUAAUGCAUAUUUAAUCAUUACGCUGACGAACAGGGAGGUAUCAGAGAACUUUGUUAAUAUACCGGGGGAAACUCAAACAAACCCAUAGCGAAACCAGACGAACACAAUGAUUUGUUCAAGGUCUUUUUAGUUGUUAAUCAACUGUUUAAAUAAAUCAACAAGACUGGAUAAGGCGGAUGCAUAAAUUCAAAAGACUUGGAGGUAUUCUUUGCAAUUAAACAAGGAACCAGAGAAGUUGCUUGGUAAUCAGAAAUCUGUAUUCUAACGAAAUUGAUAGAUCCACUGAUUGGCAUGCUGAUAAAUUAAGGGUGAGUAGAACUAAAUUGGAUUAAUGUAUUCCCUAUUUACAUUGCUAAAAACUGUCCUUUUUAUAUGUUUGCUAGUUUGUGAAUUCAAUGUGAGAUUACGGCUAUCACAUUAUAAUAUUUAGAAUUAUAUAAACAUAUCAGGAGUAUAUUUUCAAUGCCUGUAAAGCUGGAAAUUGAUAUUGUUCCACAUAAAAAAAAUAGGAAUAAUCAAGCAAAUGUUUGCUCGUAAAUAUUCUGCUCUUAAAAAUCAGUGUUUAUCAACCUUGCGUGUCUUAGGCCAAAGAAAAUUUUGAUAAAGUUAACUUUUAUGAAUGAAAAUACAUUCUGAAAUCUUACUAUUCAGCAUAGACAGGUUUAUAAUAACGGGUUGAAAGAAACUUAAAGCCACUGCAUUUUAAAACCACGCCUUUUCAUAUAAGGUAAAUACUUCAGAACCAAACUUUUAUUAAAAGAUAAACUUCACCAACAACACCUCUGUGAAUCACUAAUAGUUCUUACUCUCACAAGAAUCUAAGAAUAUAAUCUCCACAUAGCACAACGUUCUUUUCUCUGUAUCCUAUUCUUCCACCCAUCUUCAGCACUCAAUCGCUCUACUUGAUGCAAAAGCAGAGACUGAAUGCCGCAAUUCAGGGAUAGCCAUAACAAGCGAUUCCCCCAUUGAGAGAAUGACGUCAUUGAUCUAAAUAAUUAGGCGCGUUGUUUGAGAAAUGUACUUUUAUGUUUAUGUUAAUAAAUGUUUAAGAUAAGCAUGCAACCAUCGGCUUGAUGAGAUUAUCAAAGACUUGCAAAUGAAGCCUUCGUAAUGCUAAACUUACGAGAUGUUACCGUUUGAUGACCUCAUCGCAGUUUGAGAGAAUGAAUUUGAGAUGAUAUGUAAGUCCUGCAAAUCUCUCUUUGGUUCUGGUCUCUUUGUUUCUGGCCUUUCAUUAUAUAUGUCCACUGAUAACCAUAUAUCUGCAACUAUUCUUUCAAAGUCAAAGCUCUUUCUUUUUGUUAAUCGCAUUUACCCUGAUUACACCACCAACUCUGCCAUUCCUCGCAUCAUCUUUAAGGCUUAUUAGCCAAACAAAAGUACUAGAUGUUUAAUUAUCUAACGUUCUUAGAAACAUACAAUAGGAAGUGCGACUAUUUUAUCGCAUAGAGCUGGCUUUUUAGACACGCUAACCACAUUAUCAAUUGUUUUUAUAACAAUUUCAAUCCCUAAUUCAAAAUUUUAUUUUUUCAUCAAUUGAUAGAAGCCUACUUCUACGAAUUAUCAUCUUUUCGCACUUCGGUAUUUAUUUUCAUCUAUGAUUUAGUUGCGUAGAAACGGUUAAGGUAUAUUAUCUAGCUCUCUAAAUAUAGUAAAUAAAAGCUCUUUAGAACGCCUCUUCAGGAACAGAGUUAGAAGAUAACAAGCACUUGAAGAGUGUUUUCGACUAAAAGAAAUGCUAGAAAGCAAAAUAUAAGGCGAUUAAUUUCAAAUUAAACCAAAAAUUUGGUCAACUAUGGUCAAUCAUUUACAAUGCAAGAGCCGGCUUUGUUCUCUUCAACUCACAUGGAAUACAAAAAGUCAAGAGCGAUAUUCGUGCACCUGCCUACACUACACAUUCAAAACGUGUCGAUCAGAGAUGCUGCUUCUCUCUCGAAAGACUCGAUGGGCUUUUGGGUGACUAACCAGUCGGAGUAGGUGCCUAAAAGGUUUGAAAAAACAAUAUGAACUAAAGAAACAGAUGAAGAGGUCGUCAUUCGGGGUAGUAUCAGAAUAGAACUUCAGAAACUAAGUCUUUCGAAAAUACAUUGGCAAAAAUGGGCCUGAUUCGUCAAUGCAAGGUGCUUAUCUGUUUGGCAAUAGUCCUGCAUAGGGUAACUACGUCGAGAGAUGAUGGCAAUAAAACUGCAGGCCCAAGCAGCCUGUUUUACAAUAGAAGUGGCAUCCAUACAUCAGCAUUCGACAGAUAUCUAUCUAGCAAUAACAUCAGCAUUGAUGACAAAAGCACUUCAAACAGCACGUGCAAUGGAACGCUGGAGCCAAACUCUUCCAAAAACAAUAGUAAGAAGCCAGGCUUUACCGGACAGAAGGAAGAUGUACAUCUUCUUGCUACACAAGUGACUUUGUAUGCAAUUGUAUUCAUUGUCGGUGUCACUGGAAAUACGUUGGUUCUUUUGACAGUGACAUCAAAGCGUAUGCGAUCGGUAAGAAACUUAUUGAUUGGAAACUUAGCGACAGCUGAUCUCAUUACACUUCUUGUUUGCCUACCGAUUACUGUAGCAGGCUUGUUCAUGUCUUGGCCAUUCGGACCGUUUAUAUGCAGCUAUUUGUUCCCGCUGACUGACGUGCUCGUUUCAGUAUCCAUCGUAACUCUGUGUGUCAUUACAAUGGAUAGGUUUCGAGCGAUCGUGCAUCCCUUCGCACAAAAAAUGACACUCAAAGUUACAAUAAUUGUCAUUGCACUCAUAUGGCUGUUCUCCUACCUUGUCGUUGCACUACCACUUGUUCAAUUUAUGAAGAUCAGGCCUAGCAAGGGAGGCCGCCUUGUCUGCGUUGCAAGUUGGCCAAAACAGGUUUAUGGAAAAAUUUACCGUGCAGUUAUACUAACAUUUUUGUAUAUAAUUCCUGUCAUACUAGUUUUUCUUUCCUUUGUGCGCAUUGUCAAGAAAAUACGAGAGAAUAUGCGCUUCACUCGUCUGACUGUGCGAGAUUCCCGCAGCUUGGCAAAGGUGCAACGCAGAUCACGUGUUGUGUGGAUGAUGUUUGUGAUCUUCAUUACAUUUACUCUUUGCUUGCUGCCUAUACACUUACUCCUUACGUUGACGGUCUUCUACCCACCAACGCGCUCCUGGCCACCAAUUGGGGGGCUAUACCACGCUUCUUUAAUCAUAUUAGUUGCAAACAGUGCCAUGAAUCCGAUAAUCCUCUACCUUUUGAGCAGCGACUUCAAGAGAGGCUUCAAGGAAAACUGUUUGUGUUACGCCAUCUUCCUCAGAGUGAGAAGUCCCAAGCAUAAAACAAAUGCCAACUUUCAUAAGUCUCUGGAUCAGCAGCAAGUGACCACGUGCCUUAAUAUUCCCCAUGGACACCAUGAGACAGAAGGCAGUAGCAUUGAGCUGAAAGAACUUAUUAAGACGAACGGCAAAAUCAAGCAAAACGGAGUCGAAACCGCAUUUUAAAGCUGUCUUGCGUGUUGUGCUUGAAAUAAAAUCGUUACAGCCGGCUAUCAUGGAAUUAUGUAUAAGGGAUUGUGAAGCAGGAAUCACAGCAAUAAGUAGUUUGAAAACUUUCAAAAGUAUCAUAGUUUUGUUCCCAAAUUAGAGUCUUAGCUGCCAUUGAGGACUGUUGAUACUUGAUUUUACCUCCGCACGUUUCCUUGUUAGCGCUCUAACAACAGAAAAGCUUUCGCUUACGCGGGCAAUAGGAAUAGCUUCGUGAAAACUAGAGAUCUCAAGAGAAAUCUCUAGAUAUAUUCAUUUGUCCCUUAACAAGGCUGAGGUCUAAUAUAUGUAGUGGUUUUCUGUCUACAAUACCAUAAGAAAAUCUCUACUUAGUACGAGAUUUCUAGUUUCUGGUAUAAUGGGCUCUUGGCCUAAAGUAACACCCUCCAGCUGACUACAGAAAGUACCCGCAUAUAAAAAAUCGCUUUUUAAACUGAGGCCUCAGGAAGUUUCUUAUUAACAGAGACUGUUCAUCAUCAAGUUUCUUAUCAGUAGGUGCUGUCAAGUCAAAUCAAGCCAUGACAGUACCGCCAAUGAAUGUGUAUUCAAUAUUACUGGUAGUAGAGUAUAAUACAUAAUAUACAGUAUAAUUUUCCAUAUCAGCAGAAUACACAACCUACAACCAUCCCACAGCAUCAAUUUAUUUUCAAGUAUGUUUAUGCUUUAAAAUAAAAAACAAUUGAAAUCCAGGCUUAAAAUUGUCUUUUAUAAAAUGAGCCCCUUUUGAAAGAAUGAGGCCUGUUUCUUGUUCAAAGAAGUUACUGUAUAAUAGACUCGUUUUCCAUGAGAUAGACAUUGUUUGGAAUGGUUCCUAGGAAAAUGGCCGAGAUUAGAUUUUAACGAACUUUGAUAUGGAUUUUCUUCAUUUUUGAUCAAGGAAUAAGAAGUUAUGGAAUGACCUCAAAGAUUAACAUAAAUCGGCAUUUUUAAGAUUCUCGAAGAUUUUACGCGAAUUCAACUUACGCAACUUCGAUUUGAACAACUUCACCUUAAGAGCUUGCACUAACACCGCUUCGACUUACACGAAUUCAGCUCGUGCAAAUUCCACUUACACCGUUUCGACUCACAGGAAUUCAACUCUUGCAUUUUCGACUUUUCUAAAUUCAAAUUACAAAAGUUCGAUUUAUGCAACAUCUACUUCCGUAAACUCGUUUCACAUGACUUCAACUUAAGCAACUUCGGCAAAAAGGGUAUCGAUUUAGAUAACUUCGUCUUGAGCAGCUUUUAGCUUAGCAAAUUUGACUUACACAAGGUCAUCUGUGGUCUGAUUUUGUUUUUCAGAUGACUAGAAUGAUUUGAUUGCACUCCUCUGGCAGUCUUUAAACAAAAAACUGAUAUUCAGCUUCAUCAACGAUAAGAAAUAAGGCUGAAUUAGCAAGCUUUGCUUUUGUGUCAACGUUUUUAAUUGGUGUCAAGCUUCAGACCAAUACCCAUAGGUAGUUGAUAUUAAAACAAAUAUUAUUUCUUACAUACUAACUUGUAUGCUGUUAAUUUCAGAAUUAAUGAAUUGCGCUGCAGAAUAACUUGAUGUAUUAGGGUAAACGAAAUUAACAAAGUAAUAUCGAGUAUACCAAACAAAACUAAUAUCAUAUUUAGCCCCUUAAAAAUAGUACGUGUUGGUUACUUUAUUUAAGAUGCAGAGUAAGCAAAUAAUUAAAUCUAAUUAACUUCGAAAGAUUAUGGGUUGAAAUAUUGAAACUGAGGUAUGGGUAAAUAAUAUUUGAUAUGCAUUUGGUAAAUGUUAAUUCAAUUGUAAAAAUGUUAUUUGAUUAUCAGUUGCUGGAAAAA